AUGAAAUCAUUUUCAUUGAUUUUACUAUGCCUUAAUCGAUAUACCAGUGUAAUGUUGCCAGUUGGACAUAACCAUGUACUAAGUUUUCAUCUGAAAACUUAAAAAAAGGUCUUUUACAGUUCUGGAAGCGAAAUCUCAACAAAUUCCUCGUUGCUCAGAUUAUAUUAUCCGCAAUUUUCUCAAUUCCAACUCUCACAGGCCCGGCUUUUGCAAAAGUUUCAUUUGGCUACGCACAAGUUGACUAUGUUCAUAAUAUCCCUUAUAUUCGAACCUCUCUCUUCAAAAUUAUUAUCACAAUUCCAUCAAUAGCAUUUGUGAUAAUCUCAAAUAUUAUCCUUGUUUCGAAAUUAUCAAAAAUCACAGAGAAUAUGAGAAAACUCACAGUAACCACAAUUAUCAUGUCAUUCAGCCAACUUCUAACAUUUCUAUCCUUUUUGCUGGUGUACUUUGUGCCGACUAGUUAUUGGAUUGAGAAUCAGAAAUCAUCUGUGGCCGUUUUUCUAUUCUGGCAAAUCACAAAAGAUAUUGAUAUGAUUAGUGGUCCGCUUUGUUUGUUGAUUUUAGAUGGCAGAGUUAGAAGUACUAUUUUCAUCAGUAAUAAAUAA